CGGGGCCCGGGCCGGGAGGCGAGCGCAGCUGCAGCUCAGCGUGUGGGUCGCACUUGGGCCGAGCCAUGCAGGCGGCGCGCGUGGAGUACAUCGCUCCCUGGUGGGUCGUGUGGCUGCACAGCGUCCCGCACCUGGGCCUGCGCCUGCAGCCCGUGGACAGCACCUUCAGCCCCGGCGACGAGAGUUACCAGGAGUCACUGCUGUUCCUGGCGCUAGUGGCCGCCAUCUGCCUGGGCCUGAACCUUGUCUUCCUCGCGACUUACUUGGCCUGCGUGUGCUGCUGCAGACAGGAAGAGGCGGCGCAGACUAAGCAUCGCCAGUCCUGCUGCAUCACCUGGACGGCCGUGGCGGCCGGGCUCGUCUGCUGUGCUGCGGUGGGCAUUGGUUUCUAUGGAAACAGCGAGACCAACGAUGGGGUGUACCAGCUGAUGUACUCCUUGGAGGAUGCCAACCACACCUUCUCUGGGAUCGAUGCUCUGGUUUCCAGAACUACUGAGAAGAUGAAGGUGGACCUAGAGCAGCAUCUGGCCCGGCUCAGUGAGAUCCUUGCCGCCCAGGGCGAUUACAUGCAGACUCUGAAGUUCAUACAGCAGAUGGCAGGCAGCGUGGUUGCUCAGCUCUCAGGACUGCCCAUGUGGAGGGAGGUCACCAUGGAGCUGGCCAAGCUGUCCGACCAGACUGGCUACGUGGAGUACUACAGGUGGCUCUCCUACCUCCUGCUGUUUAUCCUGGACCUGGUCAUCUGCCUCAUGGCUUGCCUGGGACUGGCCAAGCGCUCCAAGUGUCUCCUGGCCUCGAUGCUGUGCUGCGGGGCACUGAGCCUGCUCCUCAGCUGGGCGUCCCUGGCCGCUGAUGCCGCUGCGGCAGUGGGCACCAGUGACUUCUGUGUGGCUCCUGACACCUUCAUCCUAAACAUCACGGAGGGUCAGAUCAGCACAGAGGUGACUCGCUACUACCUGUAUUGUAGCCAGAGUGGAAGCAGCCCCUUCCAGCAGACACUGACCACCUUCCAGCGCGCGCUCACCACCAUGCAGAUUCAAAUCGAAGGGCUGCUGCAGUUUGCCGUGCCCCUCUUCCCCACCGCAGAGAAAGACCUGCUUGCAAUCCAGCUCCUGCUGAACUCCUCGGAGUCCAGCCUCCACCAGCUGACUGCCAUGUUGGACUGCCGAGGGCUGCACAAGGACUACCUGGACGCCCUUACCGGCGUCUGCUACGAUGGCCUUCAGGGCCUACUCUACCUCGGCCUCUUCUCCCUCCUGGCUGCCCUCGCCUUCUCCAUCAUGAUCUGCGCGGGCCCAAGGGCCUGGAAACACUUCACCACCAGAAACAGAGACUACAACGACAUUGAUGAUGAUGACCCCUUUAACCCCCAAGCCUGGCGCAUGGCGGCCCACAAUCCCCUGAGGGGGCAGCUUCACAGCUUCUGCAGCUACAGCAGCGGCCUGGGCAGCCAAACCAGCCUGCAGCCCCCGGCUCAGACCAUCUCCAACGCCCCCGUCUCCGAGUACAUGAACCAAGCCAUGCUCUUUGGUAGGAACCCACGCUACGAGAAUGUGCCGCUCAUCGGGAGAGCCUCCCCUCCGCCUACGUACUCUCCCAGCAUGAGGGCCACCUACCUGUCUGUGGCGGACGAGCACCUGAGGCACUACGGGAAUCAGUUUCCAGCCUAACACACUUUCAGGGCUUCCUGCCUCCUUUUUCCGUUUUGGUUUUUAAUUAAUGCAAACACAGGCUGCGUUUCUUUCAUAGAAGCCAAAGGCAUCUGGAGCCCAAGAGGCCUCCUGCUGUGGCAGAGGAGCAGCUGGGAUCCCCGACCAAAGCCCCACGGGGGCAGAAGACCCGCCACGCAGGCCAGCCUCUCUCUUCUGCCCUGCUCUCCACACCAGAAACGCUCCCAGGUGCUUGGCUGCCUCGGAGGCGCCAUCCCUCAGCUGGCUGCCUGGCCCUGCUCACCCCUCCGUCUCGCCCUCGCCAGGAGGGGAGUGGCCGUGAGGAGUGGGCCAGGUCAGACGCCACCAUCGGAGAGCUGUAUGUUCUCUCCUGUCCCACAACCAUGACUCUGCCUCUUGUCAGCACGGCCGAGGGCCCAGACGACCCCUCUCAGAGUCACAUAAGUCCUCCGUUCCCUGCAGGUAACACUGAGAAGGGCUGAUCAGGAGAUGCUCUUUAAGAAAGACGCACCCGAUGAGACCAGAACAGCCCAAAUCAGAGUUCCCAGGGCCAGACAGGCUCCUCCUGGGCCAUAGAGGGGAGGUGUCAGGAGAGGUCUGCAGUGGGGGACAGUGGCUCCGGGGCUGGGGGUCACAGCCUGGUGGACCCUGGCCGGAACAGAGGUGAGAGCUGCAUCCCACCUGUCUCCCUAACCCUCCAUCACCUCGCCUCUAUUCCGGAAUCAGUGCUGCAGACGCGUUAGCUGCAGAUAGGCUCAGUCUCAGGUAUGAACAGACACUUUGAAACGACUUCCUUUCUCUUCUCCAGUGUUUUAAACAUGUUGAUUAUCCAAAGAAUUGAAACUCCUAGCACCUCCAGUUUUUACAACCGAUUUGCAGCUCAUGCCUCCCCCUGGUUUUUAGGUCACUACUUUCGCAGAUUUUGCUAGCCCCGGCCAGUUCUCCAGAUCUGGAGGAGAGGGGAAAGGAGCCGAUUCUUAAAUAAAAUAAGGAUCAGUGAGACAUCCUGUCCCAAGCUGCCGUUUGAUGGGGAUCUGGGUUCAUCUCACCCACGGAGGGAGGAUCUUUAAGAGGAGAGAAAAGCCAAGAUGGAGAGCCGGAGAUCCCCGCUCUAGCGGACUAGCCAAAUGCCAUCAGCGGUCCCCUCCUUUUGUCUCCAAGCAAGUUUGCCAGAAAAGGUUUUAGCAAAGUGGUACCACUGUGUCUUCAUGGGAGGAUAGGCCUCUGCCCUGCCUCCCCCAGCACCUGCCCCUCCCGGCGUCCUGGGCCCUGGCCUGCUCAGCCACAGGAGCUUGUUGGCCAGGAGGGAAUAAUGUCCCCCAGUCCUCCCUGUUGGGGGGGCCAAAGUUGGGGUCUUUGGUGCUUCCAACCUCCUGCCAACCUGGAGUGCACAACGCAGCGCCCCAGCCUUGCACACUGACGCAGGGGCGUGGCGUGACUCGGCUUGGGACAAGGUUCUGUUUCUGUUUUGGAAGAACCUCCUGUCCUUGAAACAUGGACAGCAGUGUGGUCCUCAGCUCCCAGCGAAGCCUCCACGAUGGAAUGAGGCCACAGGGCAGCCGGGACUCCCUGUCUCCCCUGCAUUAACCCGUGCUCACCGUGUACCGUAGACUCACCCUGAUAUGUCCGCGUCGCCCACAGAGAGGAGCUCUGCGAUGUCAACGUGUUGCUUCUGAAAGUUUAUUGGCAACUAGAGGGUUGUUUUUAAUGCACGGAAACUAAACAGAUUCCUCCGGGAGUUCCCGAGAGAACCAGGUGGGCAAACCUUUGCUUAUAUACGUGCGGCCUCACCUGGAAGAGAAAUAAACCACAUGUACUAAAA